GAUGUUUGUAGAAUUUAAAGUUCAUUGACACGCAGGUUGCUUCUCUGUCACCUAACGCUCAAAGCCAAUCCAGCCAUUUUUUAACAGGGCAAGUCUUUAGAGUGGUAAGAGAACAACAGAUGAGCAUAAUGAAGCAGUUGCUGGGUGUUCUUUUCCUGUUGGCAGUGUUUGACUUCAGUCAUCCUGCCUGCUUUGAAUUCCCUAGGAAAUCCAUCAACAUUGACGACUUGAAUGCUGAGGAGCGGGACGUCUGUUACGACCUGUAUGAUGGUAGCAAGCACAAGAUAGGUGAACAAUGGCGCAAUGCAAUUUGCAUGGACUGCACCUGCUUCGGAUGCUGUGAUGCGUAUUCAACACCAGUAAACAUUCCUAAAGGCUGUGUGAAGGAGUUUGAUAUCACAAAUUGCCGAUAUCAUGUGUUUCGGAAGGACAACCCAAAUCAGUCCUGCCCUGUGCUAUCUGCAGUUGGAAAGUAAAUUGUAUUUCCAAUCAGACAAGCAACACAGAGUUAACCUUUUUGGCAUGUAUAUGAUACAUUUUUUCUUUAUAUAUUCUAUACUAGCAAUAUGACCUCAUGCUUAGAGUAUAAUUCAAAAGGUUGUCAUUUCAUUAAUCCUCACGGGCUCCCUGUGCUAUCCUGAGCAAUCAUUUAAUUUGUCAGGGAUGCAAUUGUAGAAAUAUGUACUGUACCACUCUGAUUUGUAAUCUUCUUUGAAUAAACCAUUAAGAUAAAUGAAUGUCAGUAUAAUACUACAAUAUAAAUAGAAGAAAAUAAAUUUGAAAGAGCUUUGAUCAAGGGGUUUGUAACCUAACAAAAUCAUUAAAAAAUUAUACAUUUUUA